GGUACCUGGACCCACCCCCGGCCAUUCAUCCGUGAUCCGUGUCCUGUCUCAUCGCCUCUGUCUGCGAUCCGGCGCUCUCUCUCUCUCUCUCUCGCCCUGCCGUUUGUGCUAAUCCCGCUACUGCUCUGCUCCGCUCUGCUCGCCGCCUCGUCUGCGUCUGCCUGAUCCUCAACUUCAUCAUGGUCUUCAAGCGUCACAUUCUGCACGAUGGCGACGAUGUGGUCACUCUCAAACGUAUCAAAGCCCAUCCGCACUUUUCAGUCGCAUCCAGCGCCAUCCCAAACAUGCCCGCAUACGGCGGCGAUGUCAUGAUGGAUUGCUCAUCGGCUCUCCCGCAGCAGUCCGUCUACGACCGACCCAUCAUCAAGCCCAGAGGCUCGCGCACCCCGUCGAUCCACAACACCUACGAGGCUCUCACGGCCCUCAUUGUGUCGUAUCGCGCAAGAUUGAGCGAGCUCUGCCAGUUCAUCCAGCUCUGCGAGCACGACCAGGCCUCGACCGGCGGUCGCUCCAUCCAGCUUUCUCAGCUUGACGAGUGCGAAGCAGCCAUUGCACGGCUCCUCAAGGACCUGGUUCUGUUUUCUCGUCGCACCAGCCAAGUGUCGUCCAGCUACGAGUACAUCAUCUCCCACGAGAUCCAGACGCUCAGAAAGCAGACCCACGAGACCUUCCUGCGCCUAUGCUGGCUCUGCCGCGAUGCCAGCCCGACCCCGAACCACAUCCAUCCGUGUCUCCAAGAGAACGGCGUCUCUGUCGAAGAGUUUCUGCAGUCCCACUGGCAGCAUCAGGAAAUCCAUAGCCACUGAGCCUUUUCAGCCUUGCUUCUUGUAUAGGCACUGCUCCACCACCGGCGUCGCUGACUUGCUCGAUGGAUGCCCUCCUUUCUCUCCCACUCAAUUUCUUCCGCUCUCUGUUUCUUAUUUAUUAAUACGACGUCCUCUCGAUUGCCAUCGGCGCUCACGCGCGAAUUCUCUGCAUGUCGUCGCCCCCUUCGAAUUGCUUCGCUUUGCUUUGCUCCCUCUGUCCUAGACAGCGCAUCUCUGCGCUUUAUAUCCCUCUACCUUCUUCUAAAGAAUCUGCUCUCCCUGUAUUUGUUUAGCUUCUCUCUCUCCCUAUCCUUGCAUGUAUCUUCCUUUCUAUGGCCACCGAGCGACUUGGUGCAU